AUGACCCGGAAGUUUCUUAAUAUACUGAAGGAAAGAACAGGAGUGGAAAGCAUCACCAGGGAGCAAGUAAGGGGAAUUAGGAGGUUGGUGAAGAAGGCGCGCGAAUGGGAUGAAAGGAAGGCCCAGAGGUAUGCCAAGUCUGCAGGAAAGAUCUCGGAUGAGGAGUACAGCAGGCUUUGGAGUAUUGACUCGUAUGUUAUAAGUGACAGCGACAAGGAGAAGCUCAAGAAUCUGGACCAGAAGACAGUGUUCAACAACAUCAUGUGGCUGUCCCGCAAUGCAGAGAAGAUAGAUUCGAACAUGAAGAAAUUUCUUGGGAUGCAUGUUUGGGUUGUUAACUACUGGAUCAAGACUGUCGGAUCGGCAACAGUCAGGAAGUUCCUGAGAGAAAACAACUACAGCGGAGAGUUUGUGUACUUCCUGUACAGGUACUUCAACCUCUGA